UGGUCGGUACCAGGCAAAUUGCCGGGGGACGGCAACAUUUUGUGCACAAGCUAUUCGUUCGCUAACGAAGUAGCGUCAGUUUUUGGUAGUGCGCCAUUAUGGGAAUUCCCACCGGAGACGUCGAGAAGGGUAAAAAGAUUUUUGUGCAACGAUGUGCUCAGUGCCACACGACAGAGAAAGGUGGCUCGCACAAAACGGGCCCCAACUUAAAUGGGCUGUUUGGUCGUAAGACGGGUCAAGCCCCUGGUUUCUCCUACACGGAUGCCAACAAGGCCAAGGGCAUUACGUGGAACGAAGAUACUUUAUUCGAGUACCUUCUUGAUCCGAAGAAGUAUAUUCCCGGUACGAAGAUGGUGUUUGCCGGACUCAAGAAGCCGCAGGAGCGGGCCGAUCUCAUCGCUUAUCUCAAGAGCGCGACAAAAUAAAAGUGUCAGUUCAUCAUGAACGGAAAAGUUUCACAAAUGUUUUUUUCACAAGUGAACGUGAUCUGUAAUUAGAUCAUCGAGUGGAUACAAAAUGAGUGCUCUAUAAUAUCCUCGACACUUCCUUGAGGUCAGAGGUAAUCUAGUGUGAUACGAAAUUGGUACGAAUUGUGCGAAAGUAUAGAUUGUAAAAUAAAACAGCAAUCAAUAAAAUGUACGACUAGGAUUUAACAAAGUGAU